AUGUAUGGGCACAGUUGUCCAGUCUGCACGCUGUUCCUGGGCAGCCUGGCUCCUUAUCUGCCUCUUGUAACUGCUUCUCCUGUCCUGUCUGAAAUAUCGGGUCAAAAAAAGACUAAGUGUGAACCUGUCGGCUUUACCCGAGGAGAAGGAAUCCACUCGCCCCAGAGACGAGAGGGUCAAGAUGUGGCUGUCAAGGAGGCGGAGACUGAGCGUAACCUCCUGGCUAUUCGUGUCAUGGUGAUGAGCGAUGCAAGCAGCUCUGAAGGUGAGGGAGAACAUGACGUCAGGGACACCAGGUUGGAACGAAGCCCUCCCCCCACUGCUGGUCUGUCCUCACCCGGGGCCAGAGGCAAUGGGUCGCGACCGUCACUGGACAAAGAUGAGAAGCAGCCGAGUGAGAGCAGCUCAGAGUCCAAGGCCUACAAAGCACUGAAUCGUGCCAACAGUUUUCACGAGCCGGCAAUGAACAGACAAAACAAAUGGAGGCAAAAACUUCAAAACAAGCUACCUCUUCUGCUGCAUAAGAAGACAGAGCUCCCCUCACAGCACAUCGUUGCUAAUGGACUUAACCCCAUGGACAAGGACUGUGAAGAGCAGGCCUCGGCCGGUGGCUCUGACGUCACCAGGAGGAGGAUUUCGUUGCCGAUGAUUUUCCAGCUGAGGCAGAGGUUUGCUAGGAAUGUCCAGGCCAACACCGGGGCUCAGCCUCCAGCCGCGGGGAGAGAGGGUGCGGGAAGCCUGGCGAUCGCCGCUGAACCUCAGUCACCGCAUUCGAGUCAUGUUGAGCCCGAAACACUCACGUUACACAUCGGGGCCCCGCAGAGAGAGGAGCCGGUAACGGACAUUGGGAGCCAUCCCCUGAGAGACACCGGGUCCACAGAGCGUCUGGGAGCAAGUCACGUCUGUGGGGACACAAGGGGGGCGAGGGGGGAGCAGGACCCCGAGGGGUCUCUCUACUUUGCGAGGUACGAGAGGAGGAAAGGGAGUGAGUGCGAAGCGACUCCGGAUGCCUUUUCCCGGCUGAACCAUUUCCCCGCACAGACCCCAGCACAGGCUCCAUGCACAGGGCGGGGCCCCUCCCCUGACAUGGCCCCACAGCCACACGAUUCUCCAAAAUCCCCCAAAUCACCUCUGAUUCUCCUCGUCAACGCCAUCCGAAGAUCGUUUUUCGACAGCAGUAGCUCUGCCCCGCAGGCCUCCCCCGGGAGGAAAUCAAAGACCAGGAACGUUCGGCAUCUCUCGGACCCCUCACCCCCCAGCCUCUCCGCCAGAGCCAGAGCCAAUCCCGGACAUUGCCCAACCCCCAAACCCCUGUCCUCCUCGGCCGGGACAGGCGGGGUGGCCCAGGCUGUGCAGCCUUCCCCCUCCCCCACCUCCCUCCCCAUUGGGCCUCACGUUCCCAUCUACAGAUCGUCAGCGGGUCCCUUCGGCCUCUGGCCCCAGGUCAGCAGCUCAGCCGAGGGGCCGCCGGUGGGAGGUGGACAUCCCCGGAAUAUUGUGGUGGAGGGGGAGCGAAGUCUGAGUAAUCUGGACCAGGUUCCCUGGAGGCAGGAUCCCCCUCGAGCAGAGCCCCUGCCCGCUGCCCUAGGCAGGAGGACUAACCCCAGGUUCUGGUCACUGAGGUCAGACCAACGUGUUCCGGCUGAGGAGAAACCAGGUUCAGGUCCAGGAAAUGCCUGGGCCACCAGCUCCAGGAGUGACAUGUGGAAAGUUCUUGCCAACUUCGGGAAGAAGAGUUUCUGGGAGAAAGAGGUGAAAGCUUCUCUCCCAAGUGAACCGCCAUCGCUCCAGAUUGCCAAGAAAAUAAAUAUACAACCUGCGGCGCACAUGCCAGGACCCGUGAAGCUCCCCCUCCCCCCAGCCUUCACUGAAGAGGAGUCAGAGUCGGAGUCCAGUGAUGAGCUGGAUCACAAGAGGAGCUCCUUAAACUGGAAGCAGAAUCAAAGCAUCAGACAGAGACGGAAGAUGCACAAGUUAGCUCAGCAGCAAGUGAAACAGGAAGCACUGAAACGCCUGCACAGAGCACAGAUUAUCCAGCGGCAACUGCAGGAGGUUGAGGAGAAGCAGCGGAUGCUAGAGGAGAGAGGGGUCCUGUUGGAGAAGGCGCUGCGGGAUGAAUCAGAGCUCAAUGCCAAGGAGGAACCUCGACUGAUGCAAAAGUGGUUCAAGCUGGUGCUGGAGAAGAAUGCGUUGGUGCGCUAUGAGGCUGAGCUGAUGAUAUUUGCCCAGGAGUUGGAACUUGAAGAACAACAAAGCUCGCUGCAGCAGGUGCUCCGGGAGAGAAUGGUCAUCGAUGAAUCCUGGAAGACAGAGAAGGAAAUUGCUGAUGAGAAGCAGAUACUCUUUGAAAUGCUAGACAUCAUUGAACGGCGAGACAGGCUGGUUGCUCUCUUGGACCAACAGAGACUGGAGGAAAAGGCCGAAGAUAAGGACUUGGAAAGCUUUGUACUGGCCAAAGGGUACAAAUUCAACUGGGCUCGAUCAACCUGAAAUUCCGCUUGGUCUCAGCCUUACAGACCAUUUUGUCUGAAGGAUGGAGCCGAACUGUGGAAAAUCCUUAAAUUAGGUCUUCACUUGGAAGUCAGCACGAAGUGCUCAGUCGCAGGUUCCGAGGAAUUAUUUGUCUUUACUGGCUAAGACUUGGUGGAGUUUUGGGGCUCUGACAAGUGGCACUUCACCCCCACCACACCCCCCAAAACAAAACAUAUGAAAAGGGCAAGUAUGAGUCUGAACUGUUGGCUGAGAGUUUAAUUGUGUGUGAAGCUGCUGCUCAGGGUUUCAGAAAGGGUCUGAGGAUCUUUUCUGAGAUAUUCUCAGGGUAUUAAAUAAAGAGAUGAUUCAGGGCAGUGGUCUGUCUCGAGCAGAACGUUUGUAAGCAUUUGUACCAUGUGUCUGUGUUGUUGUGUCUUUUUUUUAAUGACGAAGGGGGUAAACCCCAACACUGCAAUUGUUGGAAUCCGUUCUCAGUGAAACAUUUCUCUCUGCUGCUGACUCACUAAAGCCAACGCAUACAGCGCUGACUCUUUGUAUCUGGGCUGCUGACUGUUAGGUAGGAAUUUAACGUUUUUUUUAAAAAAAAGUAUUUCAGGUUUUUAUAAAUGGUGGAAUUUGAAAGCACAAACUGAUACAAGCGCAAACUUGUAUCAUGCUUGGCACUCAGUGUUUAGGGCAAAGGCAGCUAAUUAGAGUUGAGGUACAGAUCAGCCAUGAUUUAAUAGAAUGGUGGAAACAGG